AUGGUGGCAUCGCUCCUGUGCUUCCGACUUGAGGCUGCACGCGGUCCCCAUGCAGGCUCAACGUAUCGGUACUGCUUUGUAUCUCAUUCCACGUCUGACUUACCCUUCCAGCCGCUUCGUAUUGGUCGCAAGAAGAGCUGCUGGCUGCGACUUGUGAAGGACUUGGAAGUGUCGACCAUCCAUGCCGAGUUUCGUUUUCUAGACGCUGCAGCCGGUGAGACCAAAGUCGCUCUUUGCGACUCGAGUAGCACGAAUGGUACGAAACUAAACGGUGAACUACUGGAGCCUCAGCAGGACUAUACACUGACCCACGGAGACCUGAUUGCAGUCGGAAGGACGGGUCUGCGCUUCGUGCAGGCUGAACAUGGCCAAGUGUGUGGAGUCGAGGAAGGACCUUCUGCUGCAAAUAUCAUGCAAACGACUGGUAUUCUCGUAUCAUCUCCAAUAGCGCCAUCAACACGAGCUCCUGUGGUGCUUAAAGAGCUGGAUGAUGAAAAGGUGGGAGAUGCUUGUGCUCUACCAGCGCCGGCGGUAACCUCAGCAUUGUUACAAGCGUCAGCACCUGUUAACAAAUCAAGCGUUGAGCAACCUGAAACUGAGCCAGCUUCGGGUAUGCUGAUUGUGAAAGAACCGCUAACGAGCGUGGCGUCAGAGGUUCAUUGUGACUCAGGCAACCUUGAAGAAGUUGGUGUUGACGCGAGUGUCGAGAACGUGGCAGCAAGUGGAGGUGAAGUUCAAAGUGUAGGAGUGGAAGCGCACACUCCUGACGAAGCUACGUGCACAACGUGUAAUGGGAUGAUAGGGCGGCUGAGUAUACUUGAACAACAGGCACACCAUAAUGCGUGUCUUGGUGGCCGUAAUGCAGCUGCACUUCCCACCAAGGCUUUUAUCACGAAAAAUGCAACGCCAAGAUCUCGCAAACGAGCAAACACUGCAAGCGGUGUCGCCCGUGUCGUCAAGCCAGCCAAGCCGAAAGUAACUAAAGGUAGUGAGCGCAUCGUUGCAGCUGCUACCAAGACCAAAAAGUCGAGAAAGCGAAAGCGAACAGAUGCCGCAGAGGAUAUAGUGCUGGCUUUCGCAGCAGCAGAUACCCCAAAGUUGGACAAAGAGCAGCAGACAGACUUGCGGCUUGCUGCGACGAAGAAAAAGCUCGCGCAACUUGACGAUCAAAUGACAAAGCUGGCUAAGCGCCGCAUUAAUCUCGUGAAGACAGUGGAAAGGCUGGAGAAGACGAAAGACAAGUUUCGAAAGUCACAGGUCUUACCCCCUGCAAAGGUGGUUCAGCUGCUGGAUCUGAAGUCUGCCUUGGACGUCAUUUUCCCGAGCGACCGCCGAGCCGGAACAAUCGAUCGGCGCGUGUACAAAUUACGGGCAAAUUGCACUUCAAUCGUAUCGAAGAAAAUCACGCCGUCUACGUUGGAACAACGUGUGGGUAAUAGCAACUGCGACAAUGACUUGCGAGCUGAACAAGCUGCAGUGGCUGCAAUCUCCAUGUGGUCACGUGCUUCGCAACAGCUUUUUGGGCUAAAGUGUGAUGCACUUCUGUACCGCAACAGCGUUCUGCGAGCAUUUGUUGGACAUCAUAACAGUGCUGACAGUGGCAGCAUCCAUGCGGAAGCUGUCGAUUGUGUCGACAGCGGAUAUGAUAAAGCUGUCGCUACUGAUUGCGAACGAGAGCACGGAGACAAGGCUCCAGAGCUGGUAGAUGUGCCUUCCGCUACCAUCUUGGAAACAACACGAGACGAUCCGAAGGUCCCGGACGCCGUGAAGCGCGUAUUUCCAGACUGGCAACGCGAUUUAGCAUUUUUACGUGCUCAGACGGUCGCCGAUAUCGGAGCGGCUCUUGAGACGCUGAAGGAUGCACAGGUCGAAGCUGACGUCGCAACGCCCAGCAACAGCGAAGCGAGUGAACAACUGGACAGUUCCGAAGAGAAGAACGACACUGACAACCGUGGAAGUGAUGCAUCAGCUUGUGUUGGUGCCCAAGACAGCACCGACAAACAAGUAGCGUAUGACUACAUGGCGCAAGUGAUGAUGCAGCUGAUUACCGCGAAACAACCGCUUCAAAGCGCCGUUAGCCCGGCCAGAAGUGACGCCACUCUCGGGUCCACAAAAGCUUCAGUAUCCAUUCAGACAAAACCGCUGAGCGAGUGA